GCUUUUAUCAGCACUUGACAGUAAUCAAUUCAAAAAACAGUUUCCAGGGAGAUGAGGGUAACACAGCUACACAUGCAUCCCCUCUUCUGUUCCAUCGUGAACAUGACCUGCUCUCUGCAAAUACAGGAAGCCUUUACGACAGACUACCAAAACAGUUACUUGAGAUCAAUCAAGAGUUACUGCAGUCUGGAGUCAUUUCUCUUUGUGGAAGCCGAGACAGAAGUGGCAGAGCAGUGAUACAAGUCUGCACAAGACAUGCCAUCUGGUUAAAUGAACGUUGCACAAGUACAGCAGUUGCUCAUCUUCUGAUGUACCUCUGCAGCAUCCCCAGGAAGGAGGUACGUGAUUUGGGAGUUGUUAUUCUAGUGGAUGCACGGAAGUGCCAGCCUGUUUCUUCUCUGUUCAAAGCAUUAACAGCAAUGCAGAAUGCAGUUCCUCAUUCAAUUCACAGUGUCCUAAUAUUGACUGAUAAGGAAUGUUCUUUUAGACCUGACCGGGACAUAGCAAUUCAGAAGUACGAAAUUCUCACAUCACUGAAGGCUCUGAAUAAGCUCAUCGACUACACACAGUUGACAGCAGAAUUUGAUGGAACAUUUCAGUAUAACCACAGUGACUGGAUAUGUUUCCGAAGGAAACUGGAACCCUUUAUUACAAACUGCAAAGAGGCCAUUGUCUUUCUGCAAAACGCAGUCAGCUCCCUGACAGCCAACAGAACACUCAACACCGUGCAGGAUGUGUGUGAUUUAAUCAAUAAACACAAGACAAUGAUGAAGCUUGUUUUGGAAGAUGCCUUGUUAGUAACACUAAGGCUAGAAGGUGGAACAGUCCUUGCAAGACUUAGGAAGGAGAUCAGCCACACAGAAGACUAUCGAGAUGCCAUGGAGAUUGUAACAAGACUAUAUAAUCAAGUAGAUGAGGAAGUCCAUAGACUGGUACUCUUAUCUAAUAAAUGCCUCCAGCAGCUGGAGAAUCUUGGAGAAGCAAGAAAAUUUGAAGAAGGCUGUGACCAGAUAAAACAAUGGUUUGAAAAUGAGCGAGCAAAAUAUCUUGGCUGUUUAGAUCAAGAGGGACUUUCUCUGGAAAAAGUGAGGAAGCUGCAAGAAGAUUUCCAAGGUUUUGUUGACAAGACAAAGCAAUAUUAUGAGAAAGGACUGCAGCUGGUGCAAGAAAAUCAUUCCUUAAACAUGGAAGAAAAGGUUCAGAUCUUCAAGAAGUAUCUGAGUAACAUUUUCAUUGAGAUAGAGAAGAGGAAAACUGAGCUGACAAAGCUGGUCGAUUUGUAUGAGUUUUAUGAAAUGGCACAAGAGUGGAUGUUGCAUUGCAACGAGUGUCUGGCACAUUUAACUGCAGAGGCUAGAUGUUCUCCAUCUGUGAUUCAGUGUCUGCAAACUUAUCAUCAGGAAGGUACAAAAGUUUCUGCGGAAAACUUUAAAAAAAUAAAUGAGAUGGUUUUGGCUCUGGGUAGCAAAAAAGAGCUAAAGCAAUUGCAUAUUUUGUGGCUGAAAUGUCAGCAAACAAGGCAUCAUUUAGCAGAACUUCUUUCUGAAGCCCUCAAAGAUUCCAGUAGGGACUAUUUUCACAAAGUUCUGAAGGAACCUGCUAUGAAGAUAAAUGAUGGGUUUGAUGUUGGAGGUAGGAAGCCGUUAAGCCAAUCCUGUAAUUACUCCUCUUCUAACAACAGUGACAAUAUUUGGGUGGACAAAACUAAGCCUGUACAUAAGACACAGCCAUUGGAAGCACCAUCACUUUUAGGCCUUGGGAAUGUAAACCAAAAUAUGGAAGCAGCUGUGGAAAUAGCUGCAUCUCCGCUACAGUGGCUUGCUCCACUUCCAGCUGAACUUGAAAAGAGAAACUGGAAUUCAGAGGACAUAGACAGUGUUUCCACCACCCACUCAGCUUCAGUCUGUUCUGAGCCAAUCUACUCACCACCUACCUACCACAGGAAACAACCACACAAAAAGAUCAUGAAGAAAACGCAAAGCUUUGAACUUAGUCAGCAUGAAAGCACCUACAGUGAAUUUCACCACCGUGGGUACACAGGAGUGCAUAUCAAAGGACUUGAGGUAGCCAGUAGUAAUGGUAAUGAAAAAAAACACGUACAGUGUUUGAAUAGUAGAAGUCCUUUGAUAAGUAGAAACCGAAGUUUAUCCUCCCCCUCAAGGAUCCAUCAUAUGGAAGAAGAGGAUAAGAAAAGAGGAGGAAGCAAUAAAGUACAGCACAUAAUGGACGAAAUGAUCACGACAGAAAGGGAAUAUGUUAGAUCCUUAGGAUAUAUCAUCGACAACUAUUUUCCAGAAAUGGAAAGAAUUGACUUACCUCAGGAUUUGCGCGGCAAGAGGAACACUAUCUUUGGGAACCUGGAGAAGCUCUAUGAUUUCCAUUGCCAAUACUUCCUAAAAGAGCUGGAGCGCUGCCGAGACUUCCCACUGUGUGUCAGCCACUGCUUUCUCAAACAUGAAGAACAAUUUGGCAUGUAUGCUUUAUAUAGCAAGAACAAGCCACAGUCGGAUGCCUUGCUAACAAGCCAUGGAAAUGCCUUCUUUAAAAACAAGCAACAGAAUCUGGGUGAUAAGAUGGAUUUGGCCUCCUAUUUGCUGAAGCCCAUUCAAAGAAUGAGCAAGUAUGCACUUCUGCUGAAGGACAUGAUCAAGGAGUGUACAAAGACCCAAGAGCAGGAACUCAAUGACCUGAGGGCUGCUGAGGAGAUGGUGAAAUUCCAGCUGCGCCAUGGAAAUGACCUGCUUGCUAUGGAUGCCAUUCAAGGAUGUGAUGUCAAUUUGAAAGAGCAAGGGCAACUGCGAUGUCAGGAUGAGUUUAUUGUUUGCUGUGGAAGGAAGAAGUAUUUGAGGCAUGUCUUCCUCUUUGAAGAUCUUAUCUUAUUUAGCAAGACAAAAAAGAUUGAUGGAGGAUAUGACAUCUAUAUGUACAAGCAGUCAUUCAAGACUGCCGAGAUUGGAAUGACGGAGAAUGUUGGAGAUAGUGGUCUGAGGUUUGAAAUAUGGUUUCGAAGGAGAAGAAGAUCCCAGGAUACAUACAUCCUUCAAGCAAACUCAGCAGAAAUUAAAAUUGCAUGGACUGAUAUAAUAGGAAAGAUUCUUUGGAGACAGGCUCUGAGGAAUCGAGAACUCCGAAUACAAGAGAUGGUAUCCAUGGGAAUAGGCAAUAAACCUUUCAUGGAUAUCAAACCCAGCGAAGCAGCCAUAAGCGACCGAGCAAUUGACUACAUCAUGAAGGGAACAGAGUCUAGAUCUCGAGCAUCAAUAGCAGUGUCCUCAUUUGACCAUUCCACACCAUUCAAGAGACCACAUUCUACUAUCUCUAGUAGCAGCACAUCAUCUUCCGGCAGCCAGUCAUCAUCAUCUAUUCUAGGUUCACUGAACCUGCAUAUCUGCUCCAGCCCAUCUCAUUCAGGCUUGCUAGGGCUACCCUUCUACCACUGGUCAUAUGAUAUUAGAAGCUGCAUUGAGGAAGAUGAACUGGAGCAGGAAACGGGAAGCCAGCCUUCAAUGACCACAGAGAGUUCAGAAUCAUCUCAGUGCACCUCAGGUGAAAGCGUGAGUGGUUUUAGUACUUCUGCCCAUUCUGAGUCCCAUCUUCCUACAGAGAUAUUUUUGGAUGAAGGUGUUUCAAGUGCUAGUUCCAAAUACUCCUCACAGUGCAUGUCUCCUGUUCUCCCAGAGAAGAGUCUCAGAUCGAAGUACAACAGCCAGUAUGUUACAGCUCUCUGAUUCACAUGACAAUGAAGACUUUUUUCAGGCGGUGCUGACCCUACUUUUCCAGAUAAUCCCACCUCUGCUUUGCUGUGAAAAAGCCCUGCCACACUUCAUGGAUUUAAUUUUUUUUUUUUUUGAAGUGAAUCCAUUAUGGAAUAUUUUAUCAACAGCAAAAGAAAAAUCCUAAAUAUUUUGAAAUGACCAAAGAAGGGACAUCUUUAUUAUUGUCUGUCAUUCUGAGGAAGCUUUUUAUUUUUGCAGAGGGUUUUUUUUUGUUUGUAUCAUCAGCUUAAUUUUGCCUUCAAAUUGAUGAAAGGCAUCACUGAUUUCAGUUAAAAGACUAUAAGAUGAAAUAGAUAGAAUUUCUCUAGGUAUUAAGCAUCUUUCCUGUGUUUUAACCUCCAGUUCAUAUAUAGCAGAUGAUGGUGUAGAUGUUACUGUAUUUUGUUCAAUUUUGUAAAUGUUGAAAAUGGCAAUAAAUAACUGAUUCCUGUAUAAAAAGAAAAAUGUACAAAUUGCUUGAAACUUCUGUAAAUAGAGUUUUAUUGCCUUUCAAAAUUUAAAUGGCCAGUUGUUAAGAUAUAUGCACAAUUUAUAAUCUACUUACCUAGUGUCUUCUAAUCACUCUAAAAGUGCAAGAUAAACUGCUGUAGUAUAACCUGGAUUUUUAUUAGAGUAAGGUAACAUUUAUAGAGGUAACAAUUUGAAAUAAGUAUUUGUAACUCUUCUUAUGUAUUAAAACAUGAUUGCGUGUUUGCUUGGGAAGAUGGUUUGACUUUUUACUUCAAACUUUUUCAUAAUUCUUUUUUCAAAGAAACAAUAAAGGAAAUGCUUCUUACUGUGUUG